AUGCUCGCCGCUGCAGUAUUGAAUCGAACUUAUUUGCGUGUGGUUGAAGCAUUCAAAGCAAAUCUCCCGAAUGCCCUAGCUGGAUUGAAUCGUGAAAGUGUGACUUCUUUGCAUCGAGUGUUAGUUCAGGCCUCUAGAUUACCUUCUCAAACCUCCCUAACGAAUGAAACUGCGUUAGCCAUAACGAAUGCCUCCGCAAAUCAAGACCCAAAUCGAUCCAGUCCUCCUCCUAGUACAGGCAUCUACUUUGCCAGAUCCCCUCAUUCUUCCCGUCAUCCUUCUUUUACUGAACGGGAGAAUUAA